AUGUAUUCAAUUUUAUUAGAAAAUAAUGUUUAUCAAUUCAACCAACACUUCUUCAAAAUGCUACAGCAAUUCAUUCAACACAAUAUAGACCGUGCAAAUACCAUAUUUAGAUAUCUUUGUUCCACAAUAUCUCAUGUAAAAACAAAUUCAACAGAAAUGCAACUUUUAUUCAAGUCAAUAGAGUUAACUAUCAAUACUGCAGAAGCAAAUUCCGUAGAUUCUAGCAUUAUCGAUAACAUUAUUACUGCUUUAGCAAAUCAAUUGAUAGAAAUGAACACUGAUGCAUUACAUAUAUUUCAAACAUUGAUACCUUUUUGUAAUAUACAGAAUCAUGACUUCAUUUUUAAUCAAAUUUCAGUUACUUUAGUUAAAAUAAUUUUAUCUGAGUGUGAAGCUAUGGAAUGGCCACAAAAUCAUGGGAAAAUAGUUAAGAUAGAUGUAGAACAGGACUAUCCAGUCAUCCAUGAUAUAAUUUGCUCUACAUUUCAAGAUGGAUUACCAAAAUUUGAACAGAUACACAUAGAAAGAGCAAAAGAGUAUAUGAGUUUUUGUUCACAAAACACACUUGAUAAGAUUUUCUUAUUUUUAGCUUCAAUUUCGAAAUAUUAUGAUCCAUCAAUAAUUUUUGUGUCUUCUUUAUUCAACGAAGCAUCCAAACACACAGAAUUAGGAAGUAUACCUCAAGUUUACUCAGCGUUAGUCUUUGUUUGCAUCAAUUUACUCUCUUCUUUAACAAAUUUCAACACAGCGGUUUAUCUGGCCAAAACCGCCAUUUUUGAUCCUUCAAUUACGAUAUUUGACCAUCCAGAUCAUUUCAAAUCGAUGAGCAGAUUAAGAUUAGAAACAAUAACUAUUUCUAUGAAGCAAGGUGCGAAUUCAUUUAAUGAAUUCAUGAAUUAUAUCAGACCAUUUCCAAAAUUAACAGCAGAAGUUUUUUAUAGACUUUGCGAUGUUGCUUCUUUGUAUUAUUUAUUGAUUAAGCAGGAACAAAAAGCAAUUCGAGGUGUUGUUGAUUCAUUUCAUUAUUAUACUCGAUUGCACAUGAAAAACACUGAAUAUAAAGAAGAAGUUGAGAGAACAAGAAUUGCGCAAUUGACAUUUUUGAACGCGAUGCUUCAAGGGAAAAAUGCAGCAGAAUUACUUUAUCAAGACAUGGAUUUUGUGAAUUAUUUCAUAACUUUGUUGUUUGAAAAAAGUCUUAGAAAAUGGGUUUUAUCUCAAUUACUGACAUUUUUCAAAAUCGGUGAAACAACAGCUCUUAAUUAUAUUAUUGGACCAUUAGUUACUGUUUUUGCAAAUAACAAAAAUGAUUUUUCAAGUAAAGAAUUUACUGAUUUGAUAAAUGACACAGUAACAAUGCUUGCUGAGUUUCAUCAUGUUAGAAAAGGUUUGGCUUCUAUUGUUGGACCAAUUCAUGAAGGAAUUAAUCUAAUGAUUCAUGUAAUGCCUGCAAAUGAAGAAACAGAAAAGAUUUUAUUUACUUGUAUUAAUUUAUUCACUGAAGCAGGUGAUGAUAACAUGCUUACUGCUGAAUCAAUGACAAUGUUGAGUGCUUCAAUUAUUAAUUUUUACCAAGGAAAGCCGACAAAAGAAUUAUAUCAUAGAUUAAUACAAUUAUUUAUUGGUGACACAUCUUCAGAACAAAAACCAGAGUUUGAAAUCAAAAAUAGAUCAGUUUUGAUUUUAUUAUUCCAAGUUUUCAUUAAUUCAACAUUCAGUGCUGAUCUUCUUGACUUCCUUUCUAAAUUAUUUGAUUUCAAAAUCUCUAAUUGCAUCAUUGGCCAUAAAGUUAGAUUUGAUCUACUUCUUUUGAAUAUUAUUAAUGAUUUUCAAAUGGAAAGAGAAAAUGAUUUGGACAAAAUCAAAAAGAUUUUACAUUUGUUCCAACAAAUCGUGAUGCAGGCAACGAAUAAGAAAGUUAUUCACUCAUUUUUGCAUAAUCUUGAUCCUUUGCCUUCAGGAAAAAUGUCUAAAUACCAUAAUAUGUUUGUAGAAUGUUUGUUUGAUAUAAUUUACAAACAAUAUAAGAGUUAUAAUUAUUGUAUAUACUUAGAAGAAGAAAAAACAAUGUUAGCAGCAAGUGGACAAACACCAUCACAUUCUUUCGUGUUUUGGAUAUCAUCAAAUCGCCUUCCUGAAGGAAAAAUGGAAUUCAUGGAUAUUUAUUCAAGAGGAGCUUCAAUUAAACUAUAUAUUCAAGAAAAUGUAAUGUAUGCAUAUGUUGAACAGGCCAAAUUCCUUAUUGAAAUGGGUCCUGUUGUUAAAACUCUUUGGCAUUUCGUUUGUAUCACUGUUGAAGCAGCUGAAAACAAGUUUAAGAUUACAACAAAUCUUGAUUUUAAUUGUACAAUCAAUUCUUGUUCAUUUGAAGCGAAUUCUUUUGAAACUUUUGCUAAUCUUCAUAAUUGUUCGGCAGAAAUCUCUUAUUUCGCAAUUUUCCCUAUCUUAAAACACGAAAUAAGACCUCUUUAUUCAUUAGGACCUUUCACUGAUAUCGGUUCCCAAAAAGAUGCUGUUGCUUUUGUUCAAAAACCAUUUGCAAAACUUUGUCUUCCGAAGAAAUCAAUUUCUACAAUUUUAACUGAGAAAUAUUCUUUUAUUCCUCUAAUUAAACGCGCAAACAACGCUGCUGCAGACAUUGAAUCAACACUUUAUUAUGUUGCUUGUUUCAUGAAACUUGCUGGAUUCAAUACAAUGGCACAACAAAAACUGUAUGAUAUGAAAUUCAUGCAAGCAUUCGCUCACGCAUUGAGAUUGAAACCAAGAGAUUUUAUUUCAUACGAAUUGUAUUUGUCGUUAUAUAAUUUCUUCAUUUCAAUCACGAAUAUUGACUUAAAGGAUUCAAUAUUCAAAUAUGUAUUGAGUGAAUCAUUAAUUUGGAAUAAUGCAAAUCCUUCUGUUCAUGAACAAAUUAUUGCACAUUGGGCCAGAGUUUUAUUCAAGAGUUACAUGCCACGAGCCGCGAAACUUCGACCUUUCUCCAAUUUAUUCGAACAUUUUUCACAUAAUUACAUCGAAUCUAAACUGAGUAGAUCAAGUUUCCAAAAUGUUCUUAUCACAGUUGCUUCAGAAACGUUUACUGUCAGUGAUUUCACAACAAUUAUAUCGUAUUGUUCUAGCUGCAGCAAUGAAGAGUUUUCUCUUUACUUGAUGCAAUUUUUGAACGCUUUGAUGAUUGAAAUUCCAGAGAAAUUCAAGUCAGUGAACAUUUCCACUGAAAGAGUUGCAACAUUCCAAUUGUUAAUGAACAUAAGUGAUGACAAAAUGAUGUCUUGUGUCAUUGAAUCGAUUGUUCAAUUCGAACGAAUAAAUGACGACAAAAACAUGUUGUCACAUAUUGAAGCCAUUUCAUUUUAUAUAAUGCCAGAUAAGAUGAGAGAACUGUUUGUAGCAAAAAUAACAGAACUCAUGAUAUCAGACACUCCUGAGUUAUUGUCAUUGAACUGUUGGGCUGCUGUUCACGCGUCAGGAAUUUAUGAUUUAGAAAUACUAAAAAACGCGUUGGAAACAAUAAAUGUUGUUAAAAAAGGUCCAUGGAUGUUUUGGCCAUUAGUUCUAGCAAUAAAAGUACCUCAAAUGACUGAUUCCGUCAUAAGAUUCUUAUUCAGAUCUUUGAAUAAUGAUUGGGUAAAGAUAUUACCAAAUGCUUAUGUUGCUUGUAAUGCUUGUAAUGUGAAAAAUGAUAAAUUAUUAACAGAAAUUUUACUUUUCGUGAUUAAUAAGCAGAAAAUUGAUGACAUACAAAGCAACUACAGUGAUAUAAUAGACGCUGUCGUUUGGUAUAUGUCUUACAAUGAAAUACCAAUUGAAGAUUCACUUUUGUUUAAUUUGUUGAAAAAUGAUAAAAGUGGAAUCAUUAAUACAGAAAAUUUAGUUCCACAAAGUGUCCAAAAUGUUCCUGAACACCAGAAUGUAGCAAGUCCAAUCAUUGUCCAACAAAGAGUAAGAAGAAUCAAGAGAAAAACUUCUUAUUCCGUGUCAGCAGCAACAUCAGGAAUUCCUCUUUCCGAUACAACAUUUUUAAGGACUGAGAGUUAUGAUGCUUUCUUUGGAAGUAGUGUAUCAAGCAAAUCAAAGAAAGGACCACGACAAGUUGUUCUUAUUAAUGAUUUCAAGAAUGCAUUGAUAGGAAAUGACCAAUUGAUGAUAACUUAUGGAAUGAGAGUUGAUGAAACAGGAAAUUGGGCUGAUUUGAAAAUAGCUGUUACUUUAUGUAAUUUCGCGUGUAAUUUUUAUAACGCAAUUCCACAAAUUAAUGAUGAUACAGUUGAUAAACUUUGUUGGCUGUUAGUUAACGUUUCAAAGUUCGAUCUCCAUUUCGCAAAGAAAUGCGCAAUGACAAUUUUACAAGGAAGAGAAAGUUUGGCUCCUUUCUUAAAUAAUUUGCCAAAUAUUACGUCUGUUAACUUUUAUAGAAGAAUGUUUGAGAUGCCACAGAGAUCUGAACAUAUUGAAACAGUGUUUCAAGAAGUAAUUGAAGAGCUAAGGACUUAUUCCACAAAGUUCUUCGAGAGAUUGCUACCAAAAUUCACAAAAGGUGUGAUGCAAAUUAUCUCAGAAUACGAAACGACUCUGAAAGAAAGGAAGAGAGUGACAAGAGAAAUGGUUGAAGAAUGCAAGGCUGCUCAUGAUGCUCUUAUCAAAUUGUUUUAA